GGAAAACGAGAACCAAAACCAAAACCGAAACCGUGAAGAGAACGAAAAAACGACCAUACACCAUACCAGUGGAAAAUGGCUGUCGGGAUUUCCUAUUGAAACAUAUUUUUGUUGUUUUUUCGAAUAUUUUAAUUGAAUAUCAAGUUAAAAAUUAAGUUUAUUCGAUUAACAAAGUGUUUAUUUAAAAGAACUGCCCAAAAGUCUGAGUUCAAAUGAUGUCCAAUACCGGUGGCGCAACAGCAUUUGGUAAUGGCUUACAACAACAUAAUCUCACUGCCGCAACAAUUGAUUAUCUUAAUCAUAAUGGAGCGGCCGCAGCAGCAGCUAUGGCCUCUUACCCUGGCAUUGCGACAUCAGAAAGUGGAGGAUUAAUUUUGGAUAAACAAUCGGCAGCGACAUUUUACACUCCCUCUGCAAAUCCAGCAGCAUAUUAUUCAACACAACUGGUUGCACAAGCGCCUGGAACAAUUUUGAUAACAAAUAAUUUUGGACCAGAUGAAUCAUCAUCAAUCUCAGGAGUUAAUAACAGCUUUGCUAAUAGUUCAAUAAGAAUUGUAACACAUAACAAUAAUAAUAAUAAUAACAACAAUAAUAAUAAUAACAACAACAACAAUAGUUGUGGCAAUAAACUAACUUCUCUAGAGGAGUCAAACUUUAACUUAAACAGUGAUAAACAAUCGCACCAAUAUCAUAAUCUUCACCAUUUGCAACAUCCACAGCCAACAACAACUUUGCCCACAAUGGCAGCACUACAACACUCGCCAUCUUCAUCAUCCUCAUCAUCUCUACCGAACCCAGUAAUAAAAAUGCCAAAUUCCCUGGUGACGGGAGGACCAUCAUCAGGGCCACAGACAAAUACCUCGACUGUAGUGUUAGAUAGAAUAAAUAUAUGCAUCAACAAUCAUUAUGGAGACACUGCACCAGGCACAAUAUCUAAAGGCGCUAUGCAUAGUCCCAUAAUCCCACCAAUAAUCAAUCCGAAAACGACAAUAAUCGACACAUGUCCGCCGAUGAUGACAACAAUGAAUCAACAACAAGUAGAUACUGCCAACAUGCUAGACUUGCAUAUCGAUGAACCCGAUUCGACAACUUCGACGACUCAUUGCCAUAGUGAAUUGGCGCCCAUGGAUCAAGAUAUUCCCAGUGUUGAACAAGAAACCGAGGAACAGGAAGUCGAAAUGGAGAAGAGUGGCAGUUUUGAAGAUAUUACCAUGCCCGCAUUUGACAUCGGUGAAGAUGCAUUGGUGAAGCGUCGCGAUGGACGUUAUUAUCUUGGGACAAUUGUACACAAACACAGGCAACAAUAUCUGAUACAAUUCGAUGACAAAACUGAUUACUGGUCAAAUGUUGAUGAACUUACAAAACUAAGUGAACAUACCCAAAGCAAAGUGAAGCCGAGAUGUUUGACUUGCAAAUUGGACAAUGAUCAGGAUGUUGUUGAGACUUGUGAUCGAUGUGGAAGGGGAUAUCAUCGACAGUGCACAGAUGAAGUGUCACCAAAUUCUGGUCAAUGGAUGUGUAAGAGAUGUGUAAAACCAAUGAAGUAUUCGUUAGAAGAUGAACCUGUGAAUGUGAAUAUAAUGAACAAGACAAAAACCAAAAAAGUUCUAAAACAACUUCCAUAUGAUUUGGACGAAUUGACUUGGGAUACAAAACAUCGUGUUAAUUUGGAGAAAAUCUAUUGUUAUUGUGGAAAGAGCGGACAAUUCGAUAAUAAGAUGAUACAAUGUUGUAAAUGCAAGCAAUGGUUUCAUGCGGAUUGUGUCCAAUCGCAAUGUCUUCAAUCGAUAUUCAGGGGUGAUGUCUUUUACUUGUUUGGUUGUUUACUAUGUAACAAUGGCAAAGAAUUUCUUCGACGUAUCGAAAUCAAAUGGGAGGAACUGGUACAUCUUUUACUCUACAAUCUGACAAUAAUAAAGAAUUUCCAAAAAUACCAUCAUCUGCAUAAAGAAAUUUAUCCAUUUGCCCUGCAAAAAAGAGAAGCAUUGCAAUUGCCAAAAUCGAUGCUCGAUCUUUCAGAUAUUGAGUUCAAAAAUCAGUUACUCACAACACUACAAAAUAAUCAAAAGUUAUUCAUUUGCGGCAGGGAAUUGAAAAAAGAAUUUGCAGUUUGGAGUUUACGAGUUAUCAAACCACCACAGGAGCCUGCUUUUGAUAUCCCUAAGGAUGAAGUUCUUUGUAAUAAAUUCAUCAAGGAAAAUCUUAAAAUAAAUAUACUGCCGUUUAUCGAAGACGACGAAAAGAUGGAUGUGGAUGACAAUGAUGCGAAUGAAGAUGAGGAAGAAAAUACUAUUGUGAGGAAAGUAGAUGAAAAUAAUUCAAUAAAAUCAUCAUCAAACUCUAAGAUCAAUUUCAAACUUGAAAAAACCGAAGCUGAUGACGAUGAUGAUAAAUUCACAUCAGACGAUGAAAUACCCAUCAAACAAAUUCUCGAACAAGUCAAAUCGGAAUCAUCAAAUAUGCAAGACUUAUCAGAUCCAUUGACUGGAAUUCUUGAUCAAAUAGUCCCCGAAAAAGUCGCAGCGACAACAGAAGAAAAUCAAAAACCUAAAGAUGAAAAAGAGAAAAAAGACACACAACAAGGCGAAUGCCCCUCUGUAGUAAAACAACCUCAACAACAAAAAAGUAGUCGUAAACGAAAAGCAUUCACAUUGUCAAAAGGCUAUAAAGAUUCUGAAAAAUCAAAUAGCUUAACUCGCAACAUCUGUGAUUCAUCAUCGGACGAGAAUUCGAGUAGUAGUCGUGGUACCCUCGAUCUCAUCAUACCACCUCCGAAGAAUUUUCUCGGCUUAAAUAAUCCAUUUAGAAUUGUUACGCCCAAAAAGAGUGAUAAUAAUACAACUGCCACAAAGACAUCUGCUGUAACAUCAAAGACAAACAGCGGAUAUGCAAAGAAAAGUGUCAGUUUUGGUAGUAAUAGCAUAUUCACGAGUACUUUAGAUCUUAAUUCUAAGAUAGCAGCAUUAAAAAGUUCCGGGCUAUUCCCGAAUAUUAGUAAUAGUGAUAUUGCCAAAGCUGCUGGCCAGCCUAGGCUAGUACGUACGAUUAAAAGAAGACUGAGUGCCAAAGAUAUAAUGAUCGGGCCAAAUCAGGAGGUUCGGCGAAGGCGAACCAGGCCGUUGUCAUCCAAUGUGGAGGUCAUAAGUACAACAACAAUCAAUCAAAUUCCAAGUAACUUUUUUCCAAUUCGUGCACCAAUACCCGAAUCAAUAAACCACCCAACAACAACCAGCAGUAAAUCAACAACGACAACAACAUUAUCAUCAUCUUCAUCUUUACAUCCAUCAAUUUCGCCCAAUAACACAUCAUCAAGCCUCGAUAGUGUACCCUCAGUAACAGUUACUGCGACGCAUGGACGUCGCCUGCGAAAGCGCCCCGAAAAGAUAUCGCCUCAAAACAGCCGACGAAACUCCAUAUCCAGUUCCUCAAGUUCAAAUUCAUACACAGGCACCACAUUGCCACCGCCGCCCUCAUCUCAGUCCCAGAGUGCAGUCCCAUUGACCGAUUUAAAAUUAUCGGUAAACAAAUACUUCGGAGCGGCUAAUCGCAUUGAAAACGGUGAACAAUUCACAAUUCGGGCAAAACGUCGAACUCCCACCGGACUCACGCAGUAUUUAAUCGAAUGGGAAACGUAAAUAGUAUUGAUAUGUGAAGUGUGUUGUUGUGAACUCAAUUUAUUUGUCAAAACUCAAAACACCUUUACGUACAUAAUAACUGUUGAAAAAUAAAACAUUCGGAUAUUUUCCUUAUAAAUUUUAAAUUUAAUAUUAAAUAUUAGUGUUAUGUCGAUGUAGAAAUAUUAUAAAAUAGUUAUUUUGGCUUUAAAAAAGUCUAUGGCACAAAAUGAGAGCAAAGAUACAAAGAAAAACAAAGUGUUCUGAUUAAAAAGAAAAACUAUGAAAAAGCUCUUUUAAAUCAUUUAUUUUUCUUUUUGUGAAAACUAAAUGCAAAUAAAAAAAAUAUGUAAUUCUGAUCACUGCCAAUUUUGAAUUUUCAUUUCAUAUUACUUAUUGUUGUUUUGUUUACUGUUUUUUCUUCUUUUCUUUUAUCAUUUUUGGUUUAAUAAAUGUAACACAUUGUUAUAAAAAUUAAAUGAAGUAAAUCAAUGCAAAGCGCAGUGCAUACAAUUUGAGAUGCAUUUUGUAAUAAAAAAAAUACAGGUUUUAAUUGUGCAAUUUCAGGAAUUUUACAAGAACAAAUAAAAACAACAAAUUAAAAUAACAUAAUGUAACUAUACUUAAAAAUAUGGCAAAUAUGCAGAAUAUUAAUAAUAAAAAUAAAAAUGUAUUUUCUCAUCAAAAAUUAAAUUAAACAAAUGAAUAAAAA